CCCUUGCCUGGACUUCUAUUUUUGUUUUUUAAUGCAGACUUCUAAAUGUUUGCAUAUCUGAAUUCUUUAAAGCAUCAAAUUACAUCUUUAUUUUGUAGUUGAAGCAACCAAGAAGUCACUUUUCCCCAAACAAAACAAGAUUGUGAAUGCAAAUAAGAAAACAAAAUGGUAGAGGGAGGAAUAAGCAAAGCAGAUAAAACAGAGUUUACAAAUUGCUGGAGUGCAGUAUGGGAAACUCCAUAUAUUAUGAGGCUGGCUUUAUCAGCUGGCAUUGGAGGAUUUCUUUUUGGUUUUGACACCGGUGUCAUUUCUGGGGCGCUUGUUUACAUAAAGGAAGAUUUUAAAGAAGUCGAUGAGAAAACGUGGCUUCAAGAAACUAUUAUUAGUAUGGCUGUUGCUGGUGCAAUUUUUGGUGCUGCCUUUGGUGGUUGGCUUAAUGACAAGUUUGGAAGGAAAUUUUCCAUUCUCAUAGCCGAUGUUCUCUUCUUUAUUGGUUCAAUCGUUAUGGCUUUUGCUCCGGUUCCUUGGGUGAUUAUCCUUGGAAGGAUAUUCGUCGGUUUAGGAGUUGGUUCAGUCGUGAUUUCACAAGUUUCUCAUUACUGUAGGACAAUUGCUUGCGUAUCUAAUCAAUCUGGCCUUCACUAA